GUAGAGUGGGUUCUGCGCCUGCGCGGAAGGCGGUCUGUUAGCUUCUACGCUCUUCCGGGCGGAGCGGGGGCUUAACUGGGCGGAGAGUCGCCAUGCGGAGGCUGCAGGUGGUACUGGGCCACCUGACCGGUCACCCCCAGUGUCGGGGGGAGCCGGCACCGGAGGCCGCGCGGUGCUUGAGCGGCGCUCCGCAGGUGUCGGCCGAGGACGUGGUGGUGGUGCACGGGCGGCGCACGGCCAUUGGCCGAGGGGGGCGCGGCGGCUUCAAGGACACCACCCCCGACGAGCUUCUCUCGGCCGUCAUGACCGCGGUUCUCCGGGACAUGAAGCUGAGCCCGGCGCAACUGGGGGAUAUCUGCGUGGGAAAUGUGCUUCAGCCGGGGGCCGGAGCAAUCAUGGCCCGAAUUGCUCAGUUUCUGAGUGACAUCCCAGAGACCGUGCCUUUGUCCACCGUCAAUAGACAAUGUUCAUCUGGGCUCCAGGCAGUGGCCAACAUAGCUGGUGGCAUCAGAAAUGGGUCUUAUGACAUUGGCAUGGCUUGUGGGGUGGAGUCCAUGUCCCUGGCUGACAGAGGAAACCCUGGAAAUAUUACUUCGCGCUUGGUGGAGAAGGAGAAGGCCAGAGACUGCCUGAUUCCUAUGGGGAUAACUUCAGAGAAUGUAGCUGAGCAGUUUGGCAUUUCGCGGGAGAAGCAGGAUACCUUUGCCCUGGCUUCCCAGCAAAAGGCAGCCAGAGCCCAGAGCAAGGGCUGUUUCCAAGCUGAGAUUGUGCCUGUGACCACCACGGUCCAUGAUGACAAGGGUACCGAGAGGAGCAUCACUGUGGCCCAGGAUGAGGGUAUCCGCCCCAACACCACCAUGGAGGGCCUGGCCAAACUGAAGCCUGCCUUCAAGAAGGGCGGCUCUACCACGGCUGGAAACUCCAGUCAGGUGAGUGAUGGGGCAGCUGCCCUCCUCCUGGCUCGGAGGUCCAAGGCAGAAGAGUUGGGCCUUCCCAUCCUUGGGGUCCUAAGGUCCUAUGCGGUGGUUGGGGUCCCGCCUGACAUCAUGGGCAUUGGACCUGCCUAUGCCAUCCCCGUAGCUUUGCAGAAAGCAGGGCUGACGGUGGAUGACGUGGACAUCUUUGAGAUUAAUGAGGCCUUUGCAAGCCAGGCUGUCUACUGUGUGGAGAAGCUAGGACUCCCCCCCGAGAAGGUGAACCCUCUCGGGGGUGCAGUGGCCCUGGGCCACCCGCUGGGCUGCACUGGAGCUCGACAGGUCAUCACGCUCCUUAAUGAGCUGAAGCGCCGUGGGAAGAGGGCCUACGGGGUGGUGUCCAUGUGCAUCGGGACCGGGAUGGGAGCCGCUGCUGUCUUUGAGUACCCCGGAAACUGAGCAGGGCCCCACUGAGUUCCGCUCCAGUGGCGGUGGCAGCACUGGGACGAACAUGAGCACUGGUGACACAAUACAUGUGUGGUUGAGGUUCAGGGCUGCCUUCUGCCAGGCCACCCAGGUCACCAUGUGGGUCCUGGGGAUGAGGAGUGCAGCGAACAAUAAAUACAUAUUCUUAU